AUGGAGUUGCAAUUCGAUCCGGAGGGAACCCCGUUCGUGAUGUGGGACGAGCAUCGUAUACAGUUGGAGAGAGCGCCCGCCACCGAGGAGGAGUACGUGGAGAAAGCUGAACGGGAGCUGAGGGAGACGCCGGAGGUUGUCGAAAAGGGGAUUGCCGAGUUACGCGAUCUCCUAAAAAAAGACACGUCACUUUUUGUACCGCACAACGACGACAAUUAUCUGAUGAAGUUUUUAAGGCCGUCGAAGUUUUAUCCGGAGAGCGCACUUAAAAGGAUACAAGCCUAUUACAAGUUUAGGAGGUCACAUGAGAGUUACUGUUGCAACCUUCUCCCUAGUGCGGUGCGCUCUGCAUUCGACCACUCCAUUAUAUCCAUAUUGGCGCCAAGAGAUCAGCACGGACGACGUAUAAUGCUGGUGGAAUCUGGUGACCGCUGGCAGCCACGUCUGGUGCCCUUAAAAGAAGUGUUUCGGGGAGUACAAUUGGCCCUGGAGUCGGCCAUGUCGGAGCCCAAGACGCAGAUCAAUGGGGUCAUUGUGAUCCUUGACAUGAAAGGUCUAUCGUUCUCCCAAGUUAUGCAAUUCACGCCAUCCUUCGCCAAAAUGGUUGUCGAUUGGAUUCAGGAUUGCAUACCGAUCAGGCUGAAGGCGGUCCACAUAGUCAACCAGCCGUACAUUUUCAACAUGCUAUUCGCCAUUUUCAAGCCGUUCUUGCGCGAAAAGUUGCGAUCUCGGAUCCACUUCCACGGAUCGGAUAGCCAGGCGCUGUUGGCUCACGUGGACCCUAGAGCGUUAAGGAAGCGGCAUGGUGGCUCGCUCUCGGAACCGGAGAUCACUGGCGAAGUGCUGUGGAAAAUGCUGCACCAUUACGAGGAAAAUUUCAAAGGUAUUGGA